AUGGAUCGUGUAAGCGAAACGUGGUUGAGCUCUAGCAGCACGGCUUACCUGAUGGUGAGCUGCUUUCUGCUGACACUGCUGAUGCUGCUGCCCGAGCGAAAGCAGAAAGUGUUCGUAGGCAGUGAGGUGCUGCAGGCACUCCGACAGCUGAUCGGCAGUGUCGGAGUAACGUUCGGAUCGGAUGGUGUGACGGAGGGCGAGCUAGACAAACCAGCACCCGGUCCCAAAAACUAUCCCAUCAUCGGUGCGCUGAAGGAGCUGAACGGGUACGAGGUACCGUACCAGGCGUUCAGCGAGUUUGGUCUGCGUUACGGCCCCGUCACGGCAUUGCGCCUCGGUUCGGUGAAUGCAGUGGUCGUGAACGGGAUCGACAGCAUCAAGGAGGUGCUGAUCAACAAGGGUCAGCACUUUGACAGUCGGCCCAACUUCCGCCGCUAUCAGCUGUUGUUUUCCGGCAAUAAGGAGAACUCACUUGCUUUUUGCGACUGGUCGGAGGUACAGAAAGCCCGCCGUGAUAUGCUCGUACCGCACACCUUCCCACGUAACUUCAGCGGUCGGUUCGAGGAGCUGAACACGAUCGUUGUGGACGAGAUCGGCCAUAUGCUCGGCACGGUACGUGAUGCUACCACGAUCGAAAUUAAGCCACUGGUGCUCGCGAUCUGCGCGAAUGCAUUCUCGCAGUACUUUGGCAGCCAUCGGUUUGAGGUGGAAGAUAAACGCUUCCAGCAGCUGGUGCGUAACUUCGAUCAGAUCUUCUACGAGGUGAACCAGGGCUAUGCGGCCGACUUUCUGCCCUUCCUGCUGCCACUGCACCGUCAAAACCUGCGCCGCAUGGACCGUCUGGCGGAGGAGAUACGGACGAUCAUCCUCGAGACGAUCAUUGGCGAUCGGUAUGAGCGGUGGGGCGAAGGUAGCGAACCCAGCGAUUACGUUGACAGUCUGAUCGAACACGUCAAGGCGGGUCGCGGUCCGGCCCUCGAGUGGGAGACGGCACUGUUCGCGCUGGAGGAUAUCGUCGGUGGACAUUCGGCCGUCGGCAACUUCCUGGUGAAGGCGUUCGGGUAUAUCGUGCAGCACCCGGAGGUACAGCAGCGCAUUCAGGCCGAGGCAGACGAUGUGCUCGAGCGGCACGGUCGGCAGGUGGUCGAGUUAACCGAUCGUGCCGAGAUGCCGUACACGGAAGCGGUUAUCAUGGAGGCGCUACGUUUGAUCGCGUCCCCGAUCGUACCGCACGUGGCCAACCAGGACAGCCAGAUUGGAGGUUUCACCGUGGCGAAGGAUACGCUCAUCUUCCUGAACAACUACGAUCUCAGCAUGUCGCCCCAGCUAUGGGAUGCGCCGGAAUGCUUCCGGCCGGAGCGGUUCCUGCAGCAGGGCCGUGUGGUGAAGCCGGAUUUCUUCAUACCGUUCGGUGCCGGGCGGCGUUCCUGCAUGGGCUACCGGAUGACGCAACUGCUCAGCUUCUCCAUCAUUGCGAACCUGCUGCGAGCAUACACAAUUGCACCGAUCGAGGGACAGGAUUACCGUGUGCCGGUUGGGUCGCUGGCAAUGCCAGAGCAGUCCUACACCUUUAACGUGUCGGCACGCAGCUGCUGA